AUGUUGUACACAGAGCUGCUGCGGUUGUGGGAUGAAGCAGUGAAGGCAGUGGAUGCCAGAGACUGGCAGGGAGCCCUGUCUAAACUGAACCAGAUCACUGAACCUACCUCCCGUACUCUGUUUCUGACUGCCUCGGCUCACCUUGCCCUGGGGCAGCUGGAGCCUGCAAUCCAGGCUUUAGACCAGACCAUAGCCAAGGAUGAGCGACUUGCAGUUGGCUUUUUCCAAAGAGCUGGAACACUCAUAAUGGCUAGCAGGCUGGAGGAGGCUCUGAAUGACUGUAUCUCGGCUCAGAAACACAUGAGAGGGAACGUGGUCAUUGACUACAGACAGCUGGGGCUGCGCUACAAGCUCUACAGCUGGCAGGUCUUGUAUAACGCAGCAGCUGUCCACUCCAGGUUGAACCAGUUGGACAAAGCCAGAGACAUCCUGCUCUCAGCCUCCCAGGAGAAAGGUGGAGGGGGGCGAGGACUGAACGUGGAGGUGGCUUUACACAGUAUCUCUAAGGGAGAGGUGCUGCCCAUCCUCCUGGUGCCAGAGGGAGAGGUGUUCCGGCCCAGGAAACAGAACGUAGAACAGCUGGGACAGAGAGACUUCCUGGGCAAACCAAUGGUAAUUUCCUCAAUGAUUCCCAAUGAUGACUUUGGUGGAUUUGAACCUCUCAGGACCAAUAAACCGGGAUACUACGAGCCCAAGGUGGAUGGAGUGGAGGAAUCUCGCUACAUGCGUCUGCGUAACCCCUACAUGUCCCAAGCCCCUGGGCAGCUGACGGUGCCUGGGGGAGCCAUAGUGUUUCUUUUCAGUGAUGCAGACAGAGAUGGACUGGCCAUGGUCAUACAUGAUGGACAGAAAGGACUUGUCCCCAUGACCCUGCUGGACCCAGUGGAUGUCAACAAGUUCAAAGGCAGAAAAAACAAUAAAAGUAUUCCCAGUGGAAUCCCCCUCCCACCGGGGCUCAAGCCGCCCACUCGCCCACAGAGCCAGCUUAGCCACGAAGAACCUCCACAGGAGAGGCCUGAUAGAGAGGCAUCUCCACCCUCCUACCUACCAACCACCUCCACCCCACCACCCAGGUACCCAUCCACGGUGGACAGUCCUACUGAGCUGGUGAGUAAAGGCUCUGACUUCAUCUUGAGAGGAAGCGUGAUUGUUACAGUUGAGCUCAACAAACAGAAGGUAAUGCUACGUCUCUAUAACGUGAAAGGCAACCAUCCAGCAUCGCUAGGACGCACAUGGCAGGGAAAAGAUCAAACUAAACUGUCAGGAAAUUCAAAUGGUUGCAAAAGAGGACACAACUGUACCAUUCUCUACCAGAUGGUGGCACUGUACGACUAUGCAGCUGAGGGACCAGAGGAUUUGGAGUUCAGUGAGGGAGACACUAUUGACAUUCUCAGUGAAGUCAAUGAAGAGUGGCUGGAGGGUCACUGUGCUGGUAACAUUGGCAUCUUCCCCAGCCUUUUUGCCUACCGGGAAGGAGAGGCCCCCUCAACCAUUGAUCGGAUGACCCUGUUGCUAUCAAACAAGGAAUAG